AUGGCGCAGAUUAGCUUCUUCCGCUACCUCCGCCUUAAACUCUCCCUCUACUCUCCAUCUGCUAACGGCACCCCCUCGUUGGCUACAAAGAAGCCCGUCGUUGUGAACUGGCACGGGAGCGGGUUCAUGCUUCCAAGCCUAGGUAGCGACCACGACUUUUACGCUCGUAUUGCAAAAGAAACUGGAUUUGUCGUCUUGGAUGCCGAUUACCGCAAAGGGCCCGAGGUAGAAAGCCGGCAUCAAGAGUUCGACCUAGAACGCGUGGCUAUCUCGGGAUUUAGUGCCGGCGCAAACUUGGCUUUGGUGGCAUCAUCGUGCCUGAAAGACAGUUAUCCCGCCCUCAAAAUACAAGUCACCGUCGCGAUAUAUCCUCCUGUGGACCUAUCUAUUGAUCCCGAAGCGAAGACCGUCCCUCAUCCGAUACGACCAAUUCCAGCAGCUGUGGCGCGUAUAUUCGACGCGUGCUAUAUCCCAGACGAUUCACUGCGGUCAGAUCCUCGCAUUUCCCCUACAUUCGCGGAUCCUGCACUUUUCCCUGAGGCCGUUGUUAUUUUGACCUGCAGCGGAGACACUUUGGCGCCAGAGGGAAACGCGAUGGCCACGAAGCUUCAGAAUGGAAAACGCCGGGUGAUUAAUCAGACUUUGGAGGGUGUUGGCCAUGCAUUUGACAAGGGUGUUCGUGAAGGCACCCAUGAAUGGGAACAGCGGGCACUGGCGUACUCAACAUCGAUAACAGCGCUCAAAGCCGGAUUGGGCUCGUAG